ACUGUGAGCAUCGCAUCCACAUAGCCGGGCUGUGGAGGAAACCCCCAUCGGAUCUGUCAAUAUAGGAUACUUGCGAUUAUAUCUAUACAUGCAGCCUCGUGGCGCAGCAUAGUGGAGUGCGCGCCAGUGCGUUUGGGAUGGUCGGGCACCCUUGGGAGAAUUCCUGACCAAACCUCUUUUGGCGCAAAGCAAGUAGUCGAGUUUAGGUGGGAGUUCAAUGGGCUACACGCUUCCAUUUCCCGCCCCCCACCCCUUCUUCGUUUUAUAUGUCAUUUUUUGCCUUUUAUUUUGUAUCUGGCCAUAAUCAUUUUAGCUUUUUUUCACACUUCCCUAUUUUCUACAUCUUAGUCUCGCGCGAGACAAUUGACGUAUGUUUUUGUGGGAAAGCAUGGCACUUCAUUAAUUUGAGAAGAGAACAAGAUUCACAUCUUUCUCUUUGGAUUAAACCGCUGUUUAGACCGCGGCUAUCGCCUGAAAGGGUGAGCUGCUUGAAAUACUUUUCUUCAGUGCACCCUGAUACUCCAUGGAAACGUUUUCUCUCUGGUUGGUCCGUCGCUGUGAUGUCCAAAGCUUUCCCCACUGACUGACAAACGCGAUCGGACCAUUUUGGAAAGCCAUUUGAAGGCUGCUAGGUCUGGUGGAAGAUGAGGACUCCUAUCCCUCUCCUGAUUCUGCUGUAUAUCACCCUGUCCCGCAGCAUGAAGACGGUCUCCAAGAGAGGCUCAGUUGACGGCUGUACGGACUGGUCGGUGGACUACCUGAAGUACCGUGUGUUGAAGGGGGAGCCGGUGAGGCUGAAGUGUGCCCUGUUCUACGGCUACAUCCGGGCCAACUACAGCCAGGCUCAGAGCGUGGGCCUCAGCCUCAUGUGGUACCGCAGCUCUGGCCUGGGCCACGGAGACUUCGAGGAGCCCAUCUCCUUCAACGGUGUGCGCAUGAGCAAGGAGGAGGACGCCAUCUGGUUCAGACCGGCCGACCUGCAGGACGUGGGCCUCUACUCCUGUGUCCUACGGAAUUCAAGCUACUGUAUGAAAGUAUCCAUGUCUCUUUAUGUGGCUGAGAACGACACAGACCUGUGCUACAACUCUGUGAUGAGACACAUGGAGAAGGCAGAACUCAGCAAGAGCAAAGACAUCACCUGUCCUGACAUAGAGGACUACACAGAACCUGGGAAAGACCCCAUAUCACCUGGUUCAAGGAGUGUCGUCCAAAGCAGUGGCGGGCCUCCAUCCUCCAGAGGAGAGAUACAUUGUCCAUCAGGGAGGUCAAGGAAGACGACAUCGGCAACUACACCUGUGAGGUCACCUUCGGUGGCUUUAUGGUGCGCAGGACCACCGAGCUCACUGUCACAGCCCCUCUGACUGACAAGCCACCGAAGAUCCUUUAUCCUUCUGAGAACAAGAUCAGCAACAUGGAGCUACAGCUAGG